AUGAACUUCAUCCGUCGAUUCACCAUCUCCGAGUCUUUCCAUCAGGCGCUAUUCCAUCAGCAUGACUUCCCGAUCACUUCGAUUGUAAGUUCACUUUACUAGCAUUCAUUUUCAUUUCGUCAGAGCGCUUAUUCGGAAACCUGAUAAAUAAAUGGAUAGUCUGGUGCCCAAUUCGCGGAAUGUAAAAUUUAUGUCUUUUUGUGAAGCAUUCUGAGAACGAAUAUGGACCGUGAAUCACACGAGUAGAAAGACAUUUCUAGACACUAACGAAAUCGAGAAACUCUGAAAAAGAAUAUCUUUUAGACUGAGACUACAGUGGUCAUUCCAAAUGAUUUCCAAGCGAAUCGAAUUAAUGACAAUGAAGAACACGCUGACAAAUAGCGUUGUAGUUAGUAAUAAUAAAGCACAAAACAAAAUACUCGAAGGGGAAAAGCGGCAGAAAGGGGCCGUCCAGAUGAGACCGCUUCUGCCACUUUCUCCGCCCGUUUCCUUUGCUCCAAAACACUGCGGCGCCGUUUCAUUCGGCUCUCUUUGCCUCCCGAUUCUAGCCUGAUUUUUUGUUAUUCCGAAUGCCCAGGUGGCCUGCUCUGAUUAGUUUCUCUCCGAAACUACUCCAGUAUUCAUUGGCCAAACUAGCCAAGUGAGUGCCAACUUUGGCUUGAUUCGAAACUCAAGAUGGCGGCGCCAACUGUGCGCCGUCCGUCUGUCGCCACUUUCCUUCGCCAAUUCGCCUCGACUAUCAUUCCUCUUGUGAAUGUGAAACAAUCGGUGAGUUGAAAAGGACAAAGAAAAGAUCAGAGUCCAGAAGGAAAGGGAAAAACAGACAAAGAAUGCAUCAGCGCGAGUUAACUACUCCGGAUAAACAUCCCCCAGUUGAGAGUGCAUUCAUUGGAGAGAGAGCCUUAGUGUGCGAGCAAAAGAUGGAUGAGAUGAAUAAUAAGAGGGCAAAGGGAUUCAGUAAAUAAUUGGGUUUGGACUGGAAAAUGGAAAAUAAUGAUAUUUCAUCUCGAAAUAUAAAGUAGAGAUGAAAGUGUUCAGAUUGUUUCGAACGAUUAUCCAGCGUGAAUCUAGAAUGCAAAACCGCAUAGCAAUGUGCGUUCUCUGUUGAUUCUCAAAUGAGAACGUCAAAUAAUAUUUGUUUGAAAGACUAUAUCCGAGGUGUGCCUCCCGAGCCACAUCCCUUCUAAUCUUCUUCUCCAAUUUCUGCGUCGCUUCACCACCCAGAGUGCUCCCUAAUCGCACCCUUUUUCUGCUCUGACCUGCCGAUGGAAAUGGCUCAAUUCGUUGCCCAUUCUCAUUCCGUCCCAUUUCUGGAAAAUGAAUAAAUUGACGGCGGUCGAGUUUUGUUCCGGGCUGUGAGCCACGUAAAAAUAGUUACAGAGCAAUGAGACGCAGAGAAGAGUGGGCUGUGUCUCUCCGUCUCGAGCACUGUCUCGUGUUAAAGUAUGUAUGGACGCCCCGGGAUAUUACUGCUCAUUUUUCAUUUUGUGUCAUCUCUUCUCGCCUCCUUUCAUCACUUUUCUCAGCCUUUCAAACACUUUCUUCUUUACGAACACGAAGAAAACUGAGAGAAGCAGAAGCUGGUUAGCCUCCAGAAAAUGAGCCCUUUUCCAGAUGCCCACCACUCAAAUCAACAUUGUGCUCGCGGAGCCGAGGUGCAUGGCCGGCGAAUUCUUCAAUGCGAAAGUGCUACUGGAUUCAUCGGAUCCGGACACGGUCAUCCACUCCUUCAGUGCUGAGAUUAAAGGAAUCGGAAGGACCGGAUGGGUCAACAUCCACACUGACAAGAUCUUCGAAACUGAGAAGGUGAGAGCUCCACAACUUCAGUUUGCUUAUUUACUUCUUUCAGACUUACAUUGACACUCAGGUGCAGUUGUGUGAUCCUGGAACGUGUCUUCCGGUGGGUAAGCAUCAGUUCCCCGUUCAAAUUCGCAUUCCUGCCAACUGUCCGAGCAGCUACGAAAGCCAGUUCGGAAGCGUUCGAUAUCAGAUAAAAGUGGAUCUAGUGGCAAGCACUGAGCAAGUGAGUUUUGGGGAAAAAGAGGGAAACAUUCCGAUUGAGCUACUUAGAGUGUUAUGAGAAGACUUAGAGGAUAUUCAUAAACAGAAGCACGUGGAUAUUAUUCAGGCAUCUUGCUCCGAAGUUUUUCCCCUGGUCAUUCUGACUCGUUCAUUCUUCGACGACGUUCCUCUGAAUGUGAUGUCUCCAAUUGACUUCAAAGAUGAGGUAUCCGUUCCCUCACCGCAUUCUCCGUACAUUACGUCUUUCCAGAUCGAUUUCACUUGUUGUACACUUCCAUUCGGAUGCGUUUCUCUCAUAAUGUCUCUGCCGAGAACUGCAUAUCGCAUCGGAGAAGUGAGCAUCCGUCUCUCCCUCCUCAAAUUACCUUAUUCCUUUCCAGUCCAUCGAAGCUCACGUCACAAUAAAUAAUCGAACGAGAAAGGGAUUGAAAGAAGUGGCAUUGCAAUUGAUAAUGAAGACGCAGUUCGAGGCAAGAAGUCGUUAUGAGCACGUGAACGAGAAGAAGCUCGCGGAGCAACUCAUAGAGAUGGUCCCAUUGGGAGCUGUGCGUUCCAGGUGCCGAAUGGUGAGAAACAGAUCCUUUGCUAUUUAACGUCCAAGCCCUUUUAGGAGUUUGAGAAGUGUCUUCUGCGCAUUCCGGAUGCUGCUCCGCCCACUCAGAACUACAACAGAGGCUCCGGAGAGAGUUCGAUCAUUGCAAUUCAUUAUGUGCUGAAACUGACAGCCCUGCCAGGUUUGAUUUAUUAACACGUGUCUCCACUUAGUAUUUCAUCACAGGAAUCGAAUGUGAAGUCCCUCUGAUAGUGACCAGUUUGGGGUACAUGGAUCCCCAUAAACAAGCCGCCUUCCAGCACCAUUUGAACCGAGCAAAAGCGAAAACAUCGAAGGUCGAGCAACAACAAAGAAAGACGCGGAACAUCGUCGAGGAGAAUCCUUAUUUCCGAUGA